AGUUACAGUCAUUAUCUAGACUCGAUGGCAGGUGAACGAUGGAAGGACGAUAUCGCGUACGCGAUGACCCCGUUCAAAUUGAUCGCGUGGCCUAUCGGCGUUUGGCCGCUGCAAGAUUACAACUUCUAUUCAUUAUUACGCAGUGUCCUGGGCACCUGCGGUGCGGGGCUAAUGGUGCUUUUGCCUUUCAUUGAACUAUGCAUGGGCCAUACCGACGCGGAGGAGAAUGUGGACUGCAUCAUGUUCAUUUGUUGCGGAACGCUUGGUGUGCUAAAAAUGAUAUGGUUCCGCAUUUAUGCAAACAGCUUAACUGACAAUUACAACUCUGCUCUAAAUGAUUAUCUGAUGAUUAAAAACGAGGAAGAACGUGCGAUUAUGAAAAAACAUGCAUAUAUAGGAAGGAUGAUCUCCUGUCCCAUGCUAUGCUUCUCUUAUUUUAGUUGUAUAAUGUAUGGGCUGAUUCCUUUUUUUGGUGAUAAAAGAAAUGCAGUGCUCAAUGUGACGAAUGAGGACGCGAUAUUGAAGUAUGCGUUACCAUCAGGAUACACUAUGGAAUACAUUAACACUCCAGCAAGCAUGUACAAAAUUUUGUGUUUUAUUCAAGUUGCUGCGAUGAUACUGUCGACUAAUGCUAACAUCGGUAACGACGCAUUGUUUCUCAAUAUCACAUUGCAUAUUUGUGGUCAAGUAAAAAUUCUGAGAGCUCAUUUCAUCAGAUUUAAUAUUACAAGUCCGCGAGUUCGCGAUCGUUUCAACGCGCUAAUUCAAAGACAUUGUUACCUGACAAUGCUGACCAGAGAAUUGGCCGAUAUGAUCAGUUUCGUUUUAUUAAUAGAGCUAUUUAUUAUUAGCAUAUUGUUAUGUAUAAUGGGAUUUCAGUUUAUGCUAGCACUGAAAAGUAAUGACACUGUUAUGAUGACAAAAAGUUUAAUGGUACAGAGCGCCUUUCUAACACAACUAACGAUGUAUAGUUUUAUCGGGAAUUAUCUAAAAUCCGAGAUGGAGGAUAUAAGAUUUUCUAUUUAUCAAAGCAAUUGGUAUAAUUUUCCUCCGAAACUGAUGAAGAAUUUAGUCUUUAUUUUCAUGCAGACAGAAUCUCCAGUCAUUUUACAAGCCGGAAAUUUUAUAACGAUAAACUUAUCAACAUACAUGACACAUCAUUGGAUAUUGGCAUCAGUUAUAGUCAUUAUCUCGAUGGCAAGCGAAAGAUGGAAGGAAGAUAUCGCAUACGCGAUAACCCCGUUCAAAUUGAUGGUCUGGCCCAUCGGCGUUUGGCCACUGCAAGUUUAUAACAUUUAUUCACUAUUACGUAGUGUCUUCGGCAUCUGUUUGACGGGCCUAGGUGUGAUCCUACCUAUUAUUGAGUUAUACAUGGGCUGCACUAACGCGGAACAAAAUGUGGACUGUCUCAUGUUAAUCUGUUGUGGAACGCUUGGUAUACUAAAAAUAAUAUGGUUCCGCAUUUAUGCAAAUAAUUUAAUUAAUAAUUAUAACUCUGCUCUAAACGAUUACUUGACGAUUGAAAAUACGGAAGAGCGGGCCACUAUGCGAAAACACGCUUUUAUAGGGAGGAUUAUUUUUUGUCCUCUCAUGUGUUUCAGUUACUUUAGUUGUUUAAUGUAUGCGCUAACGCCUUUUAUGGAUUUUGAUAAAAAAAAUCUAAAUAUAACAAAGGAAGACAUCAUAUUGGAAUAUCCAAUCCCGUCAAGAUGCACUCUGGAGUACUUCCAUGCUCCAACUAGCAUGUACAAAAUAUUGGUCAUUAUCGAAGCUUUUGCAUUGUUUAUAAUGUCUAAUGCUAAUGCCGGUAACGAUGCGUUAUUUCUCAACAUUACGUUGCACAUUUGUGGUCAAGUAAAAAUUCUAAGGAACCAUUUCGUUAAAUUUGAUAUUACACGCUCGCAAGUCUAUGAUCGUUUUAAUACUAUAAUUCAACGACAUAUUUAUUUGAUAAAAAUGGCGAGAGAACUUGCCGAUAUGAUAAAUUUUAUUUUAUUAAUUCAAUUAUUUUUUAUCUCCAUACUUUUAUGUAUAAUGGGAUUUCAGUUUCUCAUAGCUUUAAAAAUCAGAGAUACCGCCAUGAUGACACAAAGUUUAAUGGUACAAAGUGCUUUUUUGAUGCAAUUAAUGAUGUAUAGCUUUAUUGGAAAUUAUCUGAAAAUUCAAAUGGAAGAAAUAGCAUCUUCUAUUUAUCAAAGUGCCUGGUAUGAUUUUCCUACCAAAAUAAUAAAGAAUAUAAUCUUCAUCUUUAUGCAAACAGAAUCUCCAGUUACCUUUCAAGCUGGACAUUUCAUUACGGUAAAUGUGUCAACUUUAAUGAACAUUUUAAAAACUUCUUUUUCAUAUUUGUCAGUACUUCGUAUAAUGCUUGAAACGUAA